GUGGACAGAAGAAAUCAUACAAUAUAAUAAUUCUGUGAUUAGCUCCAUUUAUGAAAUUAUAAAAUUAAUUGAAAUAAGAACUCAAAAAAUGAAAUUAGAAUCUACAAGUGCAAUUUCAUUUUAAAUAAUUAAUAAAAGUAAACAAAAAUUUGCUAGAGUCAUAUGACGAUAGUGAACAAUAAUUAUAUAUGUUAUACAUACUUUCAAUCUUUUAAUUGUUGAAAUCUGUAUUUGAAAAUUGUACUUUGAAGUUUUUAAAAUAGAUAUGAAAUCGUGAUUACAUAAUUAAUAUAAUAAUAUUGAUAUUAAAAUCAUAAAGUAAUAUAUUUAUAGCAUAAAAUGGGAAAUAAAUCUAGUCUUCUUUUACGUGAAGAAGAAAUAGCUCAAAUUCAAGAAGCAACAGGAUUUACUCCAAAUCAAAUUGAACGUUUGUAUAGUCGAUUUACUAGUCUAGAUCGUGGAGACUGUGGUACAUUAAGUCGAGAAGAUUUUCUCAGAAUUCCUGAACUUGCAAUAAAUCCUCUUGGUGAAAGAAUAGUGAACGCCUUUUUUGAUGAAAGUGGUAACGAUAGAGUUAAUUUUUUACAGUUCAUGCAAGUAUUAGCACAUUUUAGGCCAAUCAAGAAAAACAGUCCUAAUAGAUUAAACUCGAGGCAGGAAAAAUUAAAGUUUGCUUUUAAAAUGUAUGACUUGGAUAAUGAUGACUUAAUAUCUAAAGAUGAAUUAUUGGCUAUUUUGCAUAUGAUGGUUGGAGCUAAUAUUAGUGAAGAACAACUCACCAGCAUUGCAGAACGUACGAUUCUUGAAGCUGAUGAAAAUGGAGAUGGUAUGAUAUCUUUGGAAGAAUUUUGCAAGGUACUGGAACGAACAGAUGUUGAACAAAAAAUGUCUAUAAGAUUUCUUAGCUAAAUUUACUAUAUAUUCUAAAAGAUUUUCUUUGUUAAUAAUGUUAAAAAUAUCAAAAUAAAAAAGAAAAAUAAAGAAAUAAAUAUUAAUAUAUGUAA